AUGGAUGGAUUCGGAGGCAACUUUUUUGAUUCAUACUCUGGCAACUCAGGAAGGGAGUCGAACCAAUACUUUGACCCGUACUUUGUCAAGCACAGGAAGAGGACAACGAAGACACAGCUCAAGAUUCUCGAGCAGACGUUUGAAACAAACAUAAGACCUGACGCAGGCAUGCGGAAGAAACUUGGUGAACAACUGGGAAUGACGCCUAGGAGUGUGCAAGUCUGGUUCCAGAACCGACGAGCAAAGAUAAAAAAGCUGAUGCAGAAGAAAAUGAUCCAUCAGGAAAACACAGACAACACCAAAGACUCAGAAAGCAACCACGAUUCAGGCAUGCCUGAUGAUUGUAAGUAUGGAGAGUAUUAUCCAUACAUAUCUCAUCAAAGAAGAAGCACUUCCGAAGAUUUUGCAGUGUAUCCAAUGGACAACAGCAUUUACAAGCAUGAAAUGCCUCAGAAUAUACCAUCAUCAGUCAUGUAUGAAGGAUACGGAUAUCCAGGUCAUGAAGAGUAUGGGUAUCCAUAUGCACAGCGAUAUGGAAAUGCAGAGUAUUAUCCUGCGCAGUAUCCGUAUGGCGUUGGCACACAGACAUGGCACCAACUGCCCACUUUUAGGGAUGACGACUACUAUCCUUCAUCUAGGAAACAGCAAUACAAUAGAGGAGGAUCCCAAAACCACGAAAAUAUGUAG